AUGUCGCCCUCGUCGACCGGCGACUCACCGCACUCUAUAGGAACUGGCAGCACCUCUGGCCGGGCCUUUCCCUUGCCCACAAGGGACAGCUUCUCCGUCGACUCCCAGUCUCCGCAGCUCAACCCGCUCGCCAACGGGUCUAGCCUGAAGUCGCCUACAUCUGCCAAAGUCCGCACCACGAGCUUUGGGAGGGACGGGCUGCUUGGGAACUCGAGCAAGGGCCUCGGCAUGACACAGCAACUAGACCCGCAUCCGGAAACUGGCUCCAAUGGAUCUCACAAGGCCUCUGGCGACGAGGCCCCGAAUCCCCUCAAGCGGCGGAACACGGAUGCGACAAUAGACUACCCCAGGCGCCGUGCAACAAUAGCUUGCGAGGUAUGCCGGUCGCGGAAGUCGAGGUGUGAUGGCACCAAGCCCAAGUGCAAGCUGUGCAUGGAACUUGGCGCCGAGUGCAUAUAUCGCGAGCCGGGAAUCAAGUUGGAUGCAGGCGACAAGCUCAUCCUCGAGAGGCUGAGCCGCAUCGAAAGUCUGCUCCAGAUGUCCAUGGUCAACAACCAUGGCAGUGGGGUGCAUAUUGCGCAGGACUCGCCUCCCAUCAGCAGUGGCACCGCUCUAAGCGGGGAGCACAUCAUGAUUCCAGGUGCCCAGGGCAACUUUGGUUCCAACAUGUCCAUCAACGGCUUUGGCACCUGGGCAAACACUGUCCCGGGUACAAACAUCUCGACAAUGCCCAAAGUCCACACCAGCGCCGCCCUGCACUUGCUGCAGUGGCCGCUGAUCCGCGAUCUGGUUGCGCGUCCGUAUGACCCCCAAAUCAUGCUGCAGCUCGAAAUGGCACGUGAGCCACUCAACAACCUGGCCAAGACGCCAUGCGUCGACCUUUCCAACACAAAUGCAUAUAUCGAAGCAUACUUUGAGCGCGUCAACAUCUGGUAUGCGUGCGUCAACCCGUACACGUGGAGAAGCCACUACCGUAUGGCCUUGUCGACUGGUUUCCGAGAAGGAGCAGAGAGCUGCAUCGUCCUGCUCGUCCUCGCCCUGGGCCAGGCAAGCCUGCGGGGCAGCAUCUCCAGGGUCGUACCACAGGAGGAUCCGCCAGGUUUGCAGUAUUUCACUGCUGCUUGGUCUCUGCUGCCCGGCAUGAUGACCGCCAAUACCGUUCUUGCAGCACAAUGCCAUCUACUGGCGGCCGCAUACUUGUUCUAUCUGGUGAGACCUCUGGAGGCAUGGAACCUGUUGUGCACGACAAGCAGCAAGCUCCAGCUUCUUCUGAUGAACCCCGGUCGCGUGCCUGAGGACCAGAAGGAGCUCAUCGAAAGAAUCUACUGGAACUCACUGCUAUUCGAGAGCGACUUGCUCGCCGAGCUGGACCUGCCGCAUACGGGCGUGGUCCAGUUCGAGGAAAACGUUGGCCUACCAGGCGGCUUCCAAGGUGACGAGGCCGAGGCCGUCGGCCGGGACGAGCUGUGGUACUUUCUAGCCGAGAUCGCCCUCCGCAGACUCCUCAACCGUGUCAGCCAGCUGAUAUACUCGAAGGACUCUUUGGCGUCAACGACGAGCCUAGAGCCCGUGGUCGGGGAGCUGGACUUUCAGCUCACCCAGUGGUACGAAAGCCUGCCUGCAGCACUCCAGUUUCCCUUUACGCGGGCGCCUCUUCCGGACCCCGCACAGACGGUGCUCAGAUUGCGAUUCUUUGCAUGCCGGACCAUAAUAUAUCGUCCUUACAUCCUCGCCGUCCUGGACAAUGAGCAUGCCGUUCUCGACCCUGCAGUUCGCGAAAACUGCCACAAGUGCCUCGAAGCCUGUGUGAGACAGCUCGAGCACAUUUCCGCGCAUCACGCGGGCCACAUGCCAUACCUCUGGCAGGGAGCUCUCUCCAUUGUCGCGCAGACUCUGCUCGUGAUGGCGGCAACGAUGUCACCAUCUUUAUGCAGUAUCCUACUCACCCUGCUGCCUUCGCGCGAAGCCAUCGAUCAGAUGAUCAACGAGGUCCUCAUCGACAUCGAAAGGAUGUCUGUGCUCGCGCCCAGCAUCAGUCUGGCUGCGGAGAUCAUCAAGGAGGCCGAGGUCCGCCGCCGCAACUUUCUCGGGGGUUGA